CGCCUUCACCGGACAUAACGGUCCGCGCGCGACUCCUCGAGCCGGAAGUGGAGGCGAGCCGUCGCGGGGCGUGCCGGCCUUGGUCCACGCCCGGCUGUCCCCGCGGUCUUCGCCCCCGCCGUCGCCGUCGCCGCCCUCGGCAGCCGCCGAAGCCUCCCGCAGCCGCCAUGUCCGCCAGCGCCGUCUACGUGCUGGACCUGAAGGGCAAGGUGCUCAUCUGUAGGAACUACCGCGGCGAUGUGGACAUGUCGGAGGUGGAGCACUUCAUGCCCAUCCUGAUGGAGAAGGAGGAGGAGGGCAUGCUGUCGCCCAUCCUGGCCCACGGAGGCGUCCGCUUCAUGUGGAUCAAGCACAACAACCUGUACUUGGUUGCCACAUCCAAGAAGAAUGCGUGUGUGUCGCUGGUGUUUUCCUUCCUCUACAAGGUGGUGCAGGUGUUCUCAGAGUAUUUCAAGGAGCUGGAGGAAGAGAGCAUCCGGGACAACUUCGUCAUCAUCUACGAGCUGCUGGAUGAGCUCAUGGACUUUGGCUACCCCCAGACCACAGACAGCAAGAUCCUGCAGGAGUACAUCACCCAGGAGGGCCACAAGCUGGAAACAGGGGCUCCACGGCCCCCGGCCACCGUCACCAAUGCCGUGUCCUGGCGGUCCGAGGGCAUCAAGUACCGGAAGAACGAAGUGUUCUUGGAUGUCAUCGAGUCCGUCAACCUCUUGGGUAAAUUCCCAGGAGUGGGAUGGCUGGGUCACACGGUCAGCGCCAACGGCAACGUGCUGCGCAGCGAGAUCGUGGGCUCCAUCAAGAUGCGGGUGUUCCUGUCCGGCAUGCCCGAGCUGCGCCUGGGCCUCAACGACAAGGUCCUCUUCGACAACACAGGCCGUGGCAAAAGCAAGUCCGUGGAGCUGGAGGACGUGAAGUUCCACCAGUGUGUGCGGCUGUCGCGCUUCGAGAACGACCGCACCAUCUCCUUCAUCCCCCCCGACGGCGAGUUCGAGCUCAUGUCCUACCGCCUCAACACCCACGUGAAGCCCCUGAUAUGGAUCGAGUCCGUGAUCGAGAAGCACUCCCACAGCCGCAUCGAGUACAUGAUCAAGGCCAAAAGCCAGUUCAAGCGGCGGUCGACUGCCAACAACGUGGAGAUCCACAUCCCAGUGCCCAACGAUGCCGACUCGCCGAAGUUCAAGACCACUGUGGGCAGUGUCAAGUGGGUUCCUGAGAACAGCGAGAUUGUGUGGUCCAUCAAGUCUUUUCCAGGUGGCAAGGAGUACCUGAUGCGGGCCCAUUUUGGCCUGCCUAGUGUGGAGGCUGAAGACAAGGAGGGCAAGCCUCCCAUCAGUGUCAGGUUCGAGAUCCCCUACUUCACCACUUCUGGCAUCCAGGUGCGCUACCUGAAGAUCAUUGAGAAGAGUGGCUACCAGGCCCUGCCCUGGGUGCGCUACAUCACCCAGAACGGAGAUUACCAGCUCCGGACGCAGUGAGGCCACGGACAGCGCCCAGCCGGCAGCACCAGAGACUCGCCUGCCAGGCCUUCUGCACAGAGGAUGCUCCCUGGUCUCUGGCCACUCUCCCAGCCCCUGCCAAGGAGCCCCUCCAUCUGCGGGCUGCCUGCCUGUGUGAUGCUCGGCCCAGAAGCCCUGUUCCCCAGAGAGGCCAUCCUGGGGGGAUCUCACCUCUGUCCCCAUGACAGGUUUGGGGCGGCAUGAAACUCCCCUCGGGUGAAACGCGGCUCCUGUGCUGCUGGGCUCCCGGGUGCCAAGACGCUGGGCCACCCCCUGCCCUGCUGGCCGCCAGGCAUCACGUUGCCAUUCCCUCGAGCGUUACAGGCUUACGUCUUUGUUCGUUUGUGUCUGUUUGUGUCACCUUCACUGUCCCCAUGUCCCGCCAGGUACCAGGGUGCUCAGGCAGCACUGAGGACAGGGCCUUGUUCUCCCGUCUUCCUCCCCAGCAGGGCUUCCAGGGCCCCGACGUGUGGGCCGUCACUGGUGCCUUGUGGGCCGUCACUGUGGCUCCCCGGAGGCUCGCCUGGACUGUCUGCCUCGCUGGUGGCUCCUUCCCAGCCCGCCCAGGCCACGACACGCUGUCACGUGGCCACAUCAGUGUUACCCCCCCAGGGUGGGGACCCUCGAGGAACACUGGCUUCAGACUUCUUCCCGCCAAGGGUCCGGAGAGCUAGGGCCUGUGCCGUCUGCACCCAGGUCGUGUCACCACCCUCCCCGCCCGUGGUGUUCCUGUCGUGUUCCAUUAAACUCGCCCCUUCAGCACUCA